UAACAGCUGACGGAAGUGACGUUUCAAACCCAAGCGUUGUGUUGGCGCUAGCUUUAGCGAGAUAUUCACCCUCAGUUCAACACUUAUAUCUCAAUAAUAUACAUAUUCACACAGCAUGGUAUGAUGGUAAAGUAUUUAACUCACUUUUGUAAGGUGCUUUCUUCACAGAAGUUUCGCUAGUUGUCAUAGUCUCCAUUAUUUACAAUUGUUUUUCCAGAUCACCGUCGCUGCCUAUAACUCCGCCCCUUCUGCUAUUAACGCAUUGUUAGAUUUGUUGUUAACCUUCUCCGAGCUUCUCUUCAGGAGCUGAGAAGAGCUCAGAGAAAACUACUUACAGUUUCAAGAGACAAAAGUUUUCUGUUGGACAGGCUGUUGCAGUAUGAAAGGGUGGAUGAAGAGUCUUCUGACUUCUGAUGCCACUGUUUCCUCAGACUGUAAAGGAGAGAGAGCCAGAGAGACAGAGAAGCUGGGAAGAAAGGAGGAGUCCUGGAGUUCCUCUCGUCCCUCCUCCUUCUCCUCAUCUCUCAGUCCUGUCUUGCUCUGGUGCAAUUCCUCUCCAGUCAUCUGCUCCUGCACAGUACCUCAACACUUUACCCUUCCCUCCUGAGUAUUUGGCUCCCUCUGCUGAACGAGUGAAGAAAGAGAGAAAAACAAAACUGGAAAAACACAGGAAAGACUGUUCAGGGAAGGCAGUGGUGCAUCUGGAGGUGCGAGUGGACCAUUCAGCUAGGUCCCACAGCAGAUGCUGAGUGAAGAUGCAGCUGAUGAAGAGGGAGAGAGUGACAGAGGAGAGGGGGACGAGGCAGAGCUGGUCAUUGACAUACCCAAUGAGUGAGGGUGAAGGCGAAGGUGUCUAUAUCAGCUUUUAUAGUUCCUACAUGAUCUCUUAUAUCAGACUGAAUCUGUUAUUGCCUGAUGUAGAGAUCUUGCAAAAUAGAUGACACAGACACAGGUUGCUGGAUCUGUGUUUUAUGAGACAUUUGGUUGUGUAACAGACUGAGUUACCUAAAAACCCCUGACUCAUCAUGGAUACUGGAUAGUCACAUUCUUUAAAGACUGCUGAGAUGCAGUACAUAUGUAAAUGCAAGUGUGUGCAGUAAAUUUAGAGUGGUGGAGCUCACCUGACAGUAUUUAGAAAAUGAAACAGGAGGAAAGAGAGAGUGGGUAAGCAGAACGAAGAGCCACACCCAUAUUUCCCCCAGCACAUAAAUACCAGUUGAGACAUGUUGCUAUGUGAUUAUGAAACAUGCACACACACACACACACACACACACACACUCACACAAACUGAAAAUACAAUACAUAACGAUAUUUACAAUAUUUCACAAAAAAAAAAAAUCUGUAUACUCCUCACAAAGCUUUGAACUCUAAUAAAAUAGAAAAGUAAUUUUUGUCCUAUUUUCUUCACACAUGUGCCAAAUGGGACUGCAAUAAAAACAUUUAAUAGUUUUUGUUUCAAAGACCUUUUUUAAUGACCUGUUUAUAAAGUAUUUAUAUUAAAAUUUUAAAUGUAUCCCUCUUCUGUGAUGUUGUUAUUCAAGCAUUGUAUUUGUUCAGUUAUUACAGGUACUGUUGGGCUGUACAUACAGUUGGUUAUUGCUCACCAGCAUCUGUUUUGACACACUAUAUGUAAGUCUUACCAUCUACAAUUCCCCAUUUAUGACUGAACAUCUCUAUUUGCCAUGCACACUGUGUCAGAUUGUUCUCUUGGGUAUAAAAAAUUACAGGGCCUUCAAAGAAUGGUCAUAUGUGUUUGUAUGUGUAUAUGUUUGGGAAUGCUGACAUACAGGUAGUGUUAAGGCGUGUGAGAGGUGUGUGUACUGGUUUGUGAACAUUAUCGCAAUACUAAGACGAGGUGUAGUCGAAUGAAAUUUAGAAAGGGAGGGAUGGGUGGAGGAGAGAGUGAGUGUGAAAGGAGGAGGGAUAAAGAAGGUUGCAUUGUGCCCAGACUUAUUCUGCAUAGUUGAAGAGAGAGGGAGAGAGGAACAAUCUAGCAGGGUCUUGUUUUGUGCACUGCAGUCUCUGUUUGCUGUAUCAAGGGUUUUGGCCAUGCUGUUUGCUUUGCCUAGACUCGUUCUGUGUGUGUCUGGAGUGCUGUUUCAUGAUUUUUUAGCCAGGGCAAGUACACACACAGUCCUUGAUCCAGGGUUCUUCCAGUGUCAAGAGUGCUUUUUCAAAAGCACACCCCCAAAGUCAUUGUCUGAACUGGGUUUGGAGCAAAGGUGUCACAGACAUCUGACCGGACGGCCUUUUGCAUCACUCUAUAACACAAACUGCCAGUCCGCCGUUUAUACAGCCCUUCAACUCAGCCUGACUAAUGGAUGGGGCAGAGGAGAGCACAGUAAGCAGGAUGCAGAAGAAGAGAUCAAUGAAGAUUCCCCAGUGGCCAUCCCAGCUCUUUACACAGGAACUACUGAAGAAACUACCUCAGACUCCCCUCUCCUGAAGUGGGAUGCUCUGACAGCAGGACUAAUACGUAGCUCAGCCAUACCGCUAUGUUCAAAGACAAGUGGGGAAAUUUAUGUGCAGAGUGGCGUGGGAGGGUUUAAUGAGUGUGGGGCGAAAGUGUUGUGGUCAGCAGUGUGUUGUGCUGCUUCAGAUGGGCAUGACAGCUUCAGCAUUGGGCUACUGAAGGAGGGGAUGGUGAGGGUGGUGAGCAUUAAAGCUUUAGAGGAGUUGAUAGGUAUUACAGGGCUGUUUUCAGGAGGCUGUGGUGAGAUAGGUGGCCAGAGAGAAAAGGAGCUUAUGUUGCUCUUUAAGGAGCAACUAAAUGGCAUGAAAACACACAGUUCUGAUGGACAGAGUGAGAACCACAACAGUCAGGAUGCAGGUACAUCAGACUCAGGAAAUGAGGAAACAACAUCACAGCCUGUCAAUGAUGAAGCCCAAAGCUACACAUCUUCCUUGAAGUCAGAGAUGGACCUUCAGGAGAGCACCAAUGAGACUGAGAACUCAGAGUCUGGAAGUGCCCUGCUUUACAUUCUGUCUUCCACCAUCUCACUUCUGUACACCCCUUUCUCUCCCAUCGUAAACACGGCCACUAACCUUCCCUCCCAGCUCACAUAUGUUCUACAGGAAGAUCUGGCUGUUCUAGCCUCUGUGCCUGGUGACAGUUUCACUUUGGUCAAUAACUUGGGCUCAGGAGUGUCAUCUGGGGUUUCAUGUUUGUUUAACACCCUGUACCAGACAGGGGAACUGAGCGUGUGCACUCUCUACUCCUGCCUCAGUCCAUUAGUCAGCAGCCUGUUCCAGGCAUUCCAGGAUGGAUUCGUAGGCACAGGUACACUGGCGUGGGAUGCCCUGGGUAUUGUGACAGGCACCAUUUGCAAUGGUUUGGGGAUCGGCAAGAUGGUGCUUGGGUCAGUCUGGGAUCAGAUGGUGGAAUACCUGUGUGCUUUGGGCUCAGAAAUGGGCCAGCAGGUGUCAUCAGUGGGUUGUGGGAUAGGAACACUUACCUUGAGAAGUGGAAAGGGGGUGGGCCACCUGUUCUACAUUGUUACAGCCAUUGUAGGAGGGGUGGUGGAGAAUACAAUAGCAAAUGUACAGGAAGCUUUUGGGGGGAGUUUUGGGGAAUCAUCUGAAAUGCAGCCAUCUGAAGUGGCUGGUGAGCAUAUUUAAAUAUGUGUAUGUGCCUGUGUUACCGCAUUAACACAUUAGCAUACUAAAAAUGUCUUGCUGACAGCACAACAGAUAUUGACCAUAUUGCAUGCUUAUGACAUCAUGAAAAUACUGUUUUAACACUCUGCCUUAAAACUUUAACAUUUUGCUUAGGUUAUGUUUUGGGCUGCAGUUUACUGAGCUGACCCUAGGUCUGAUUUGGAAAUAGAAGGUGCAAGAAGAUUUGUAAGUUACAAGGUGCUUAAAUGUUUAUGUCAAGUCUAAAAAAGAUGUAAUUGUUGUGAAAUGUUUAUGUCAUUAUAUCAGACACGAAGUGGCCUUGCUAUGUCAUGGUUUAUAUGCUGCAAUAAAGCAUCCUUUCUGUGA